AUGGAUUCUAAUAGUAAUAAGGAGAAGGAUAAGGAUAUAUAGUUUCUUUAGAAAAGAGUGAAAUUGACUCAACAAGAAAAUGAAUUGCUGAGGAAGGAAAAUUAAUUGUAAAGAUAACAACUUUCUCAAAUGAAAAAUACAUUUACAAAUAUCAUAUCAACUAAAAGAUUAAAGACAGCAGAUGGAAGAAGCAAUUCAGUUUCUGAACGCUUUUAAAAUGAGGAUGCCUUGAGAUAAGUAUUGGAGAUGCAGAGAAAUCGAAUUAAUUAAUUAGAAAAGGAUAAUGACUAGUAUAAAUAGAAAUACGAGAAGAUACUUUUCUAGGAUAAAUCAUAACCAUAUUCUUAAACCCAGGUCGACGAUUCAACAAUAAAAGAACUUUAUGAUUUAAGAAAGAAGAACAGUGAAUUAGAAUAGAGAAUCAAAGAUAUGAUUAGUUAACACGCAAAGGAAUUAGCAAAUUACAGAUAAAAGAUAGCUUAAUAGGAUGCAUAAUUUAUGGUGUCCUAAUCUUAGGGUUUCUCUACACCUCUAUCAACUUAAUCAUAAAAAUUAGAGCCUUUAAACAAUGGUGGAUAUCAGAUUUUGAAAUAAGGAAUAAAGAAGUACUGA